UUUAUACCCAUCUCUCUCUUCCCAACACUCUUCACUUCACUCUCUCUCCUCUCUCACACACCUUCCCUGCAUUCAUCAAUGGCUACUUUCUCCUUCUCCUCUGCCUCUCUUUCCUCUUACUACCACCUUUUUUUCACCCUCCUUGCAUUCCUCGUUUCUGGUUUAAUCUUCCUGCUCACCCACAAGUCCAAAUCCAAGCACCCCAACCUCCCUCCCGGUCCGCCGGGAUGGCCGAUUGUGGGCAACCUCUUCCAGUUUGCCCGCUCCGGAAAACCAUUCUUCCAGUACGCCGAUGAUCUCCGGCAAAAGUACGGCCCCAUUUUCACUCUCAAAAUGGGUACCCGAACCAUGAUCAUCCUGAGCGACGCCAAGUUCGUCCACGAAGCGUUGAUCGAGAAGGGCGUGGUCUUCGCCACCCGACCCAGAGAGAACCCUACCCGAACAAUCUUCAGCUGCAACAAGUUCACCGUCAACGCCGCUGUCUACGGUCCGGUGUGGCGGUCCCUGCGGCGGAACAUGGUCCAGAACAUGCUCAGCUCCACUCGCCUCAAGGAGUUCCGAAGUGUUCGAGAAAAUGCCAUGGACACACUCAUCGAGCGGAUUAAGGCCGACGCCAAGGCCAAUGACGGCGUCGUUUCGGUCCUCAAAAACGCGCGCUUCGCCGUGUUUUGCAUCCUUUUGGCAAUGUGUUUCGGGAUCGAGAUGGACGAGGAGACCGUGGAGAAAAUGGAUCAGAUAAUGAAAAAGGUUUUAAUCGUGCUCGACCCGAGAAUCGACGAUUAUUUGCCUAUUUUAAGCCCCUUUUUCUCCAAGCAGAGGAAGAGGGCUCUGGAAGUGAGAAACGAGCAGAUUCAGUUCAUUGUCCCGUUCAUCGAACGACGUCGCAGGGCGCUCGAGAACCCAGGGUCGGAUCUCAAAGCGACGUCAUUCUCCUACCUCGACACUCUUUUCGAUCUCAAAGUGGAGGGACGAAAAUCUUCGCCUUCUCAUGCUGAAUUGGUCACGCUUUGUUCAGAGUUUCUGAAUGGCGGCACUGACACGACGGCGACGGCUCUCGAAUGGGGAAUUGCUCAGCUCAUAGCAAAUCCGGACAUUCAAGAGAAGCUGUACAGCGAAGUUAAAGCGAGUGUGGGCGACAGAAAAGUUGACGAGAAAGAUGUGGAGAAAAUGCCUUACUUGCAAGCCGUAGUGAAGGAGCUUUUACGUAAACACCCUCCUACCUACUUUUCGCUAACCCAUGCAGUAACUGAGCCUACUACUUUGGCCGGGUACGACAUACCGACGGAUGUAAAUGUUGAGAUUUACUUGCCCGGCAUAUCGGACGACUCGAAAUUGUGGUCCAACCCAGAAAAGUUCAAUCCUGACCGGUUUGUGUCCGGUAGGGAGGAGGCGGAUAUAACCGGGGUGACCGGAGUUAAAAUGAUGCCGUUCGGGGUCGGCAGGAGGAUAUGCCCGGGGUUGGGCAUGGCGACCGUGCAUGUUCAUCUAAUGCUGGCUAGAAUGGUGCAGGAGUUUGAGUGGAGUGCUUACCAGGCUAGUGAGAAGAUAGAUUUUGCUGGAAAAUUGGAGUUCACUGUGGUGAUGAAGAACACUCUUAGAGCUAUGAUCAAGCCUAGAAUCUGAUUAAUUAGGUGGAAAAAUCUAAUAAAUUUUGAUAUAAUACGGAUAUAUAGCGUUUAUCAUAUGUACAUCUUGUUUUUCAUUUUAAUCUGUAUCAUGGAUCACCGUUUUCGUAUUGUUUUUCGUUUUAUUUCUUAUGUUUUGGUUAUUUAAGUGUUUAUGGAUUUAAAAAAUUAUUUUGUUGUA